GCAUUUCAGUUUAUACUAUUGUUUAUGGAUGGAAGUACAACAAAGCUUCAUUUUAGUACUUCAGGCAAUCUCUACGUAGGCAGGAGAUUGGAGAAGCACGUUUGCUUCCUUAGAGCAUGUCGCACUCGCUUGUGUUUUGUGGUUAGAGCUAGCACUAGUUAGUUAGCUAGAUUUGUAUCAAAAUUUGUACUAAAGGAGGCGACUGGCGUUAGCUUACUCUUACCAAAAUGUUUAAUCGUUUGACCAGUGUAUGGAUGGGUGACUUGGACCUAUACAUGGACGAGAACUUCAUCAAGCAAGCCUUCAGCAACAUGGGGGAGAUCGCUUCUGGCGUUAAAAUCAUAUACAAUAGAGUAACUGGUGGUGCAGCCGGAUACUGCUUUGUGGAGUUGGCAGAUGAGGCCACUGUAGACCGCUGUGUUGCCAGUCUUAAUGGGAAGGUUGUCCCAGGGUCAAAUCCACCCAGAAAGUUCAAGUUGAACUAUGCCACAUAUGGGAAACGAACAGAUACAGGACCAGAGUAUUCCAUUUUUGUUGGAGAUCUUUCUCCUGAUGUGGAGGAUCAACAGCUUCAUGAGUUCUUUGCGAAGAAGUAUGCCUCCUGCAAAUCUGGAAAAGUGGUCACAGAUCCCAGUGGUAACUCCAGAGGUUAUGGCUUUGUCAAGUUCACUGAUGAGAAGGAGCAAAGCCAAGCCCUGGAGGAGUGUCAGAACGCCACGGGUCUCGGAGGAAAGCCAAUCAGAAUCAGCAUUGCUAUCAACAAGAGCAACAAGACAAAUAAUUAUCAGCAAAACCAGCAGAACUACAACAAUUACCAGCACGGAUAUUACCAACAGCCAUACCAGAAUUACUACCCACAGUGGGGCUACGACCAGUACAACAGCUAUAACUACAGCUACGGGUCCUAUGGGCCCCCUCCCCCAGGCCCUGGCAUGAUGGGGCCCCCGCCGCCAGGACCGGGAAUGAUGGCACCCCCCCCACCCUUCAUGCCCCCUGUACACACAGAUGUGCACCAGCCGGCUGAGCCGACCCAGGAUUCUGAAGAUGCUCUGGAAGAGCCUGUUGAAGACCCGCAGCCCCAGACGGACGUGGACGCGCUGAACCGGCAGUACAUGGACCGCAGCGAGGAGCUGUACGAUUCUCUCAUGCACUGCCACUGGCAGCCUCUGGACAGCGUCACCUCCCCCAUCCCCACGCAGGCCCACAGCUGAUCCGCCCGUGUCACGGAACAUGCCCACGUCACGCAACACGCCUUUUAAAACCCGACUGAACUGCUCGUGCAAGCCUCCUGUUUUUAUCUGCCCAAUUACAUUAUUGUCGGGUUCCUUCAUCUGGGAUUGGAUCUUCUCCUCCAUCACUAUUUUUCUCGUUGUUUUUUUUCCUGAACUGUGAUUUCUUUGGUUUUGCUGGGUUUUCGUCUCCAUUACAACGUCUUGUGUCCCACUGUGAAAUGGUGCCUGACUGUAGUAUGUGCACCUUUGCUUCUGAAGCUGAUGCAUCAGUUCUAGCACUGGCAUCUCAGAGGAUUUCACAAUGCAUUCUUUAUACUGGCAACAUGUUGGCUCUGUCUGCCAUUCAAAAUGUACUGUUUUUGUAGUUAACCUUAGAAACAUCACUUGGAACAACUGAAACUCAGCCGAAAUGCUGAAAGUCAUGCAGAUGAGAUACAUUUGUUCUCCUCGGCGCCCUGACGUGAGGAGAAUGGCAGGGAAGCCUGGUCUGUGGUACCUUAAAUACAACCUGGAUCACUGCAGUUUUCCACUAUUUUCCUCCAAUCAAAAAUGGUCACUGCAAUCAGAAAUUCCUGUCACAUGUUCUACCCGUGUGCCAAAUCUGCUUUUAUAAUACAAAUACUCUUUUACUCUUUUUAUAAAUAUUUUUACUUUGGUCUUGAUUGCUGAUGUGUUUUUUGGGGGAAUAAACUCCAAACUGGUAAAAAUCUGGACAGGAUGGAAUAUUGCAAAUCCAUUGGUGUUGGUACCCAGAACAUUUCCUGCUUGUCUGCAGUCGCACUGCAACCUCUGCUGUACUGAUCUGUAACUAAAUUCAUAUCUUUCUGCAUAUUCAUUACGUCUUAAUGUUAUUGAGGUAGAGAGGUUAUAUUACUGAAUUUGAAGAGCUGUAUAAAGAGGGUUCAUUCUUGGGACAUUUUCUUUCCAUUUAGAAUAUUUAUAUAUUAAAAAUCACUGAGAGGUUGUGCAAAGAUGAAUUGCUUCUAAGACUGUUGUGUUCAGUUGGACUAUUUUAUGUAUUCCAGAACUUCUGCUUCUCCACAUUGGACUGAUCAUUUGCCCUCAUGGGUUAUUCAGUUCUGACAUAAAAAUUUAAAUGAAAAAUG